AGCACUGUAACAUUUGGGCCCAGACUGGCCAGACUUGACAAGAAUGUUGAUUUUAAUUUAAUUUUUUUUUUUUUUUGUAUUAAUGAAUCUUUUGUUUAUUGCAUUCGAAAAUAAAAACAAAGCCAAUAGACUGAUUAGUGCUUUAAGCAUUAACUGUGAUUUAAAUCCAUUUACUCGAAAUGCCCCGCAGUGGAGCAGCCGUAGCCGCAGCAGGAACAGCAGCGGGAACGGGAGCGGGUGAACCCAGUUCCCCAGUUCAAAAAGUCUGGAAGCCAGAAUUAUACAAAAUCCAAUUGGAGGCACCUACUCCCAAGCCGUUGUUAUGCCAACGCAUUCAGCGGAAUGCUGAUCCUCAAGAUGCAAUUGAAGAAUCAGCCAGACGCCUUUAUGGCAAGGAAUAUCACGGCAUCAUGGGCCAUGCCGAAGCCGAACAAUUGUUACUGGGAGGAGGAGAUCAUACCCAGGAGAGUAACUAUUUAAUACGUCGCAGUCCCACAGCGGAUGGCUACUUCACCCUGAGUCUUCUUUACAAUGGCAAAGUCAAGCAUUUUAAAUUGUACCACAAGCCGGGCUGUGGUCACUAUCUAAGCGAGGAGGUCAAACGUUUCGAUACCAUCUAUGACAUGGUGGCCGAUGGCCUCAUCAAUUUUCAUAUGCAACUCCAUGCUAGCCCAAUCAUACAGCAAAUCAAUCAGCAAACCAAGAACUGUUACCAACAGAGUCCCUACAUGACCCUUAACAAGCGCAAAUUGCGCGCCCUAUCCAGUGAACUGAAGCGAAAAACCGAAGAAGUGGCCAAGGAAAAGGAUGAGAAACCCAAGCCAUUGGAUCAACUGCAGCAGCAGCAACAACAACAACAACAAUCCGAGUCUGCACAGCCUCAGGCGACGCAGGCGGGUCUGAGAAUACGUAAGAGCCUUGCCUUGGAUGCGGAUCCCAUGCCAUUGAUCUAUGAGAAAGUGCAUAACUUUAAGGUGCACACCUUCAAGGGUCUCAAUUGGUGUGAGUUUUGUGCAAAUUUCCUAUGGGGAUUCACUGCGCAGGGUGUUAAAUGUGAAGCCUGUGGAUUUGUGGCCCACAGCAAGUGCUCCGAAUUGGUUCCGCCCAAAUGUGUGCCCGAUCUGAAGCGAAUACGCGGUGUCUUUGGCACUGAUCUGACCACCAUGGUACAGUUGGACGUACGCCAUCAGAUUCCGUUUGUGGUGCGACGAUGUGUGGAGGAGGUGGAGGCCAGAGGAAUGCUUCAGGAGGGUAUAUAUCGUGUCUCUGGCUUUGCCGAUGAAAUCGAGGCCCUCAAAUUGGCCCUUGAUCGAGAUGGCGAGAAGACUGAUAUGACAGAGGCAGCCUAUGGCAAUGUCAAUGUCAUUGCUGGCACACUGAAGCUCUAUCUGAGAUUAUUACCAGUACCAUUGAUCACAUUCCAGGCUUAUCCCAGUUUCAUGAAUGCUGGCCGUCAAUCCAAUCAAGUGGAGCAGAUGCAGCUGAUGUCAGAGGCAGUGCGUCAUCUGCCUCCAGCUCAUUAUAGCUGUUUGCAAUACAUGCUAGAGCAUUUGAAACGUGUGGCCUCCCAUUACGCCGUAAAUAAAAUGAAUGAGCACAAUUUGGCUACUGUAUUUGCGCCCACAUUGAUAGCCACACCACAGCAUAUGACAAAUCUCACGGAGGAGAUAUUCAUGCUAUCCUCAUUGAUUCAACAUUGUGAGACAAUAUUUGCCUGAACAAUGUGAAAGCGAAGCCGGAUAUUUGCCUUGAAGGCAGCUAAGCAAAUGAAAAGAAGAGGGAACGAAAGAUGGAAGAACGUCUCUUGUUUGUCUCACUCUUACACCGAUGUGGAGAAGAUCUUAAUUUAGUUUACCUUUAUAUAGAUAUAUAUAUAUAUAUAUAUUUAUAUUUGUAUUUAUUUAUUAAUUUAAAUCUAUGUCUACCACCCAAUGAUUCCACCAAAAACAAGUCUAGAAUUUUAAGAUAAUGAUUUUGAAAAUCCUUAAAACGCAAAUUGUACGAAUUUAUCGAAUUUGGAAACCAUUUACAAAAUGUAUUUU